AUGGAGACUUGGAUGAACCGGUCAUCCACAGAUGACUUUAUCCUCUUGGGCAUCUUUUCCUACUGUACAAUUGAUUUUGUUCUUUUCUCUGUGGUCAUGAUGGUCUUCACAGUGGCCCUCUGUGCAAAUGUCCUACUCAUAUCCCUCAUCUACAUAGACCCUCGACUUCAUACACCUAUGUACUUCUUCCUCAGUCAGCUUUCCCUCAUGGACCUCAUGCUGGUAUGUAACAUUGUACCGAAGAUGGCAGUCAACUUCCUGUCUGGCAUAAAGUCUAUUUCCUUUGCUGGUUGUGGCAUACAAAUCGGCUUUUUUGUCUCUCUUGUGGGUUCUGAGGGACUCUUGCUGGGACUCAUGGCUUAUGACCGCUAUGUGGCUAUUAGCCACCCACUGCACUAUCCCAUUCUCAUGAGCCACAGGGCCUGUCUUCAGAUUGCUGGUGGAUCCUGGACCUUUGGCGUACUAGACGGAAUAAUCCAGAUGGUAGCAGUCAUGACCUUUCCCUACUGUGGCUCCAGGAAUGUGGACCACUUCUUUUGUGAGGUUUCAGCUUUACUGAAGUUGCCUUGUGCAGACACAUCCUUUUUUGAGAACCUGAUAUUUGCUUGCUGUGUCUUCAUGCUCCUCGUUCCCUUUACCAUCAUUGUGGCCUCCUAUACUCGCAUUUUGGCUGCUGUGCUUCGUAUGCGCUCUACUCAGGCCCGUAAAAAGGCUCUGGCUACCUGUUCUUCCCACUUGACAGCCGUCUCCCUCUUCUAUGGGGCAGCCAUGUUCAUUUACUUGAGACCUAAGCGCUAUCGGACCCCUAGCCAUGACAAGGUGGUGUCUGUCUUCUACACAGUUCUUACACCUAUGCUCAACCCUCUCAUUUAUAGUUUGAGGAACCGGGAGGUGAUGGGGGCACUGAAGAAGGGGCUAGACCAUUGUAGGAUUGUUAGUCAUCACUGA